UGGGAUCCCUGAAAGACGCUUUGGCUUCAAGCACGUUUACUUAGCGUGUCGCUCUUUAUUGACGGAGGACAAAUUCACGCCCCGCUGGCAUUAAAGUUAGGAGGAGGAGCAGAUUGCAGUUUACAUAUCUGAAACUGUUGAAGCCGCUAACGUAAAAAAGGAAAUCCUACACUAACACUACAUAACAACACAGAAGUGGAAGAUGUCUGCGUGCAUUUCUUUUACUCGCAGCGCUGUUGCUUUCCGCAACAGUAGGACGUUGGUGCUGGUACGAUAUGCCCAGACAGCAGCUGCCCCUGCCCCUGCCCCUGAGCCAAAAAUAAAGAGAUUUCAGAUUUACAGAUGGGACCCUGACACACCUGGUGACAAGCCCCGCAUGCAAACCUAUGAGAUUGAUUUGAACACAUGUGGUCCAAUGGUUCUUGAUGCUCUCAUCAAAAUUAAAAAUGAAAUGGACCCGACACUCACCUUCAGACGCUCAUGUAGAGAGGGUAUCUGUGGCUCAUGUGCUAUGAACAUCAACGGAGGCAACACUUUAGCCUGCUUAAACAAAAUAGAUACAAAUACCAGCAAAGUGACGAAGAUUUACCCCCUGCCUCACAUGUAUGUUGUGAAAGAUCUUGUCCCUGAUAUGAGCAACUUUUAUGCACAGUACAAGUCCAUCGAGCCCUAUUUGAAAAAGAAGGACGAAUCAAAGCAGGGAAAAGAGCAGUACCUCCAGUCAAUCGAGGACCGUCAAAAGCUGGAUGGCCUGUAUGAAUGCAUUCUGUGUGCAUGCUGCAGCACUAGUUGUCCUAGUUACUGGUGGAAUGGAGACAAGUACCUUGGUCCAGCUGUGCUCAUGCAGGCGUAUAGGUGGAUGAUUGACUCUCGUGAUGACUUUACAGAAGAGCGUCUGUCCAAAUUACAGGACCCUUUCUCCCUCUACCGCUGUCACACAAUAAUGAAUUGUACAAAGUCAUGUCCCAAGGGACUCAAUCCUGGAAAAGCCAUAGCAGAAAUUAAGAAAAUGAUGGCCACUUACAAAGAAAAGAAAUCGUCUGCCAUCUGACUUGUUAAUGCAGGAAAUAUCAUGUACUUAAUGGUUUAAAUUAUUGUGUAAAUGUGUGAAUUCAGCAUGGAGUGGUCGCUAAUAUGGGAUAUUUAGUUUUUACAUUAUUUGAUGGUGGAGACCUGUAUUUACUGCUAAUGAACAGUAAAUCUACAACUGGACCUGCAUUUCAUUUCCAUUUAAACUUGAUUGUAGUUAUACUGUACAUAAAUUAAUCCAAAUGCAGGAACCUGUAAAAAUGGCAUAAUAUUGAACAUAUAAUAGUGUAACAUUUGUCUUGUGUCCUAGUUUGUCUUUUGUGUGGUAGAUUCGAACUGUACACGUAAUGUACUAUACUUGCUAAAAAAACAGUUCAGUUUCAGAUGACAGUCAUUUGUUUACAAAUUGUGUGCGCUGCAUAGGUUAGAAGAUAUGUUUUAUAGUACAGCACUGCAUGCUUCUGCAGAGUAAAUUCGAUGUAGAGAAGGUAAGUCUCGUGAUGUCCUCUAGGUGGCGGUGUUGAAUGGGUGAGAUGACAAAAGAUCGUAAAGGAAGAAAGACUGGCGUCACAUUCAGAGAACUGACACUUGAAUCACAAACUGUUAGUUUCCGCGGUAAUAAUGUGUAAUAAAAAUGAUGGCCCUAGAGUAAAAGUAUGGCCUUUAGCACUCACGUUAUAGUUCAUAUAUGGAUUCGCCAGGGAUGGGUAAGUGCAGUUCGCCUGUGCAUGUCUAUACUAACGUUAAAAGAAAUCUCACUAGAGCUGAACAUAUGAAACAGCCGACUGCAGUUUAAUCCAUCAUUUUGUGUAUUUACAAGCUGUACAUUUCUUUCGCACGAGAUAUGAAUAAAACGGGAUGUCAUA